AUGCAGGGCCUGUCGGUUGGCGAGGGGGAGCGGCAGCAGGACGGCACUGCAGCAGCAGCGGCAGCGGCGCCGUCGCCACCGCGGCGGCCCCUCAGCGACUACCGCCCAGAGGGCGAGCUGGCGGCGGCGUGCGCCUCGGCUGCCGCGGCGGAGGGGGCCGGGGGCGGCGCCAGGCCGCGGCUGCACCUGGUUGUGCUGGGUCACGUGGAUGCGGGGAAGAGCACGCUGAUGGGGCGCAUGCUGUUCGAGCUGGGCCUGGUGCCCGACAAGGCGGUGCACAAGACGCAGCGGGAGGCGGCUGCCAGCGGCAAGGGCUCCUUUGCUUGGGCCUGGAUGCUGGAUGAGCGGCCCGAGGAGCGGGCCAGGGGCGUGACGGUGGAUGUGGCGGUGACGCGGUUUGAGACGCCGGGGCGCAAUGUGACGCUGCUGGAUGCGCCCGGCCACCGAGACUUUGUGCCCAACAUGAUUGCAGGGGCGGCACAGGCGGAUGCGGCGCUGCUGAUUGUGGAUGGCUCGCCGGGCAGCUUUGAGGCUGGGUUUGAGGCGGCGGCGCCGGGCAGCCCCGCAGGCGGCGGACAGACGAGGGAGCACGCUCAGCUGGCGCGCAGCCUGGGCGUGGAGCAGGUGGCUGUGGUGGUGACCAAGCUGGACACAUGCGGCUUCAGCAGGGAGCGGUUCGACCUUAUACGGGCGCAGCUGGAGCCCUUCCUGCGGACCUGCGGCUUCCGGGAGGCCGCUGUGCAGUGGCUGCCCGCUGUGGGCCCCACCGGCGACAACCUGGUCAAGCCGGCCGCCGACCCUCGCCUGGCGGCGUGGUGGCGAGGGCCCACCCUGGCGCAGGCCAUCGACGCCUUCAGCCCCACCCACCGCCUGGUGGAGAAGCCGCUGCGGCUGCCAGUGUCGGACGUGGUGCGCGGCGGCAAGGCGGGGGUGACGGUGGGCGGCAAGCUGGAGGGCGGCGCGCUGCGCGUCGGCAGCAGGGUGGCGGUCAUGCCCUCGGGGCAGCAGGCUGCCGUCAAGGCCCUGGAGGUGGAUGGCAAGGCGGCCAGCCUGGCGCGAGCUGGCGACAGCGCCGAUGUCACACUGGCCGGCAUCGACACCACCGCAGUGGGCCCCGGCUCGGUGCUCUGCCACCCAGACUUUCCUGUGCCGCUGGUGGCCAAGUUUGAGGCGCGGGUGGUGGUGCUGGAUGUGGCGGUACCCAUCCUGCGGGGGCAGCAGGUCACCAUACAUGCACACACAGCGCGGGAGAGCGGCCACAUCAGCGGGCUGGUGUCCCUGCUCAACGGCAAGACGGGGGAGGUGCAGCGGGCGCGGCCGCGGUGCCUGCUCAAGGGCCAGUCGGCGGUGGUGGAGGUGACCCCCGCGCGCCCGCUCUGCCUCGAGUGCUACUCUGACUACCGAGCGCUGGGGCGGGUGGCGCUGCGCGACGGCGGCCGCACCAUCGCGGUGGGCGUGGUCACGGGCUGCACGCCACGGGAGGCGCCUGGGCAGUGA